AUGCGUUUUAUUUCUACAACCGCGCCUGCGUUGGCAUCUCUAUGCCUAACCACAUUGGCUGUACCUCAUGGUCCUCAGUCUGAAAAAAGACAAACCUAUGGCAGCUCAGCGAAAUCUGCUGAAGAUCGACAGGCUGCUGUCAAAGAGGCAUUCUCGUUUGCUUGGGAUGGAUAUUACAAAUACGCCUUCCCUCAUGACGAGCUUCAUCCAAUUGCGAAUAGUUACUCAGAUUCCAGGAAUGGAUGGGGAGCUUCUGCUGUCGAUGCAUUCAGCACAGCAAUCAUCAUGGAGAUUCCGGAAAUUGUAGACGUGAUUUUAGAUUGGAUCCCAACCAUUAAUUUCGACGAAACUAGUUCCCAAGUUUCGCUGUUUGAAACUACCAUCAGAUAUGUCGGUGGGCUACUUGCUGGUUAUGAUCUCCUCAAAGGACCUUUCUCCAACCUCAAUUCGAACGACACGGCCGUCAAUGAGGUUCUUGCUCAGGCAGCACGCCUAGCUGACAACAUGGCAUUUGCAUUUGAUACACCUUCAGGAGUACCAGCCAACAAUCUUUAUUUCAAUCCUCCAAGCACUGAUGGUUCUACCACAAACGGAAUCGCAACAAUUGGCUCACUGGUUCUUGAGUGGACCCAUUUGUCUGAUUUGACCGGUAACGACACUUAUGCUAAACUCUCACAAAAAGGAGAAUCGUAUCUUUUGGACCCAAAACCCGAGUAUAACUCGCCAUGGCCUGGUUUGCUCGGUACGAAUGUAGAUAUCAAUACAGGACUUUUCCAAGACGCAAGCGGAGGCUGGGUAGGUGGCGAUGACAGUUUCUACGAGUAUCUCAUCAAGAUGUACGUGUAUGACUCAACUAGAUUCGGCAAAUACAAAGAGAGAUGGAUCGCAGCAGCAGAUUCAUCCAUCAAACAUUUGGCUAGUCACCCUUCGACUCGUCCAGAUUUGACCUUUAUGGCCGCCUACCAAAACAAAACACGUGUUUUUGUUUCCGAGCAUCUCGCUUGUUUCGACGGAGGCAAUUUCCUCCUCGCAGGUCUCGUACUCAAGGAGCAAAAGUACAUUGAUUUCGGACUCGAGCUCGUCAACGGCUGUGAAGACACCUACGCCAGCACCCUCACCGGUAUCGGACCCGAAGUUUUCCGAUGGGUAGAGAGCAACACUUCUGCCAACGAUACCCAAAACCCUCCGCCACCUGCCGAUCAACUCGCCUUCUAUAAAAAAGCCGGUUUCUAUAUCACCAAUUCAGAUUAUAUCCUAAGACCUGAAGUUCUCGAGUCUUUCUACUAUGCUUAUCGCUUAACUGGAGAUGAGAAAUAUCGUGAGUGGAGCUGGAAUGGAUUUGUCGCUAUUAAUGCGACGGCAAGAACCGGUAGCGGAUUUGCUGAACUCCAAAAUGUCAAUGCGGCAAAUGGAGGCGGUUUCAGUGAUUUCCAGGACAGUUUCUUAUUUGCGGAGGUUUUGAAAUAUGCAUAUUUGAUUCAUGGAGAUGACGCAGAAUACCAAGUCGGAGGCGGUGGAGUCAACCAAUGGGUUUUCAACACCGAAGCUCACCCCUUUAAGGUCGCUGGUCCUCCCAUCUAA